CAUGCUUAUCCUUUCCUGGAAAAUAGGGAGUCGUUAUUCGACUUCGUCUUACGUCGCUGCUGAAGGAGAUUCGUCAUAUUCUAGCCUCCGUCAAGAUGAGUCUUCGUCAUUGACUCUACUUAACCGUCGUUGACUUACACUUACAGAUUAUUACCCAUAACAAUUUGCCCCUAAUUGCUAAAUGUGUAUUGCUACAUACACGUUUGGAUAUUAAAAAAAUAAAUAAAACAAACAAAAACAACAUAAAUAUAAUUUUACUUAGGGGCGUUUCUGUCUUUCAUCUAGAAGGCACGUUCUACAGGGGGAGUUACUCCACUUCUACCACUUUCUCACUCUAACCGUCAUUUCACCCUUUGAUUACUGCAACACACUUCCCAUUUCACCAAGCUUCCACUCCUUUCUUCUCUUCUCUCUCUUCUUUUCUCUUUCUUGCGCAGAAUCACUCCGGUGGUUGAACGGCAGCGUGCGGCGGUGUUUUCGAACUCCUGGCGUCUUCAAUUAACAGAAAAAAUCAAUGUCUCGGCCGAAAUCAUCGAUGGAGCCUGAAAUGAGGAAUGAUUUCGUCAAAAUGGCGGGUUUUCCCGAUAUUACUUUUUCCCAUAUCCCGGGUCCUAGACAGACGGUGGAGGACUGUUUGGAAGGUUUCGUUGUAUUUUUUAAGUACCCUUUUGCGGAGACGGGGAUUGCGUUUCCAAUCCCACCCUUGGUUCGUUCUUUCUUAGAGGUUUUGGGUAUCAGUCUUGGACAACUGAUGCCUUCUGAUUGGAGGAUUUUGUCUUUGAUAUCGGAGAAAACCAAGGAUUGGGAGGACCCUUUUACUUUGUCAGACUUGGCUAUAGGGUACGAGAUAAAAAUGGCAGAAAGUGGGUUUGUUAGCUUAUGUAAGAAAGGGAGUACGUUGGUUCUGAACACAGACGUAAAUGACAGUGGUUGGAAGAAGUGGUUUCUUUUUGUCAAGAGGGUAUCUCUGGGCUUCAAAGGUUCGUGGUUUACGGAAGGGUGGCCGACAAAGGAGUUGGAUUUAGGAUUUCUGGAAUCGUCGGAGACAUCUUCGUCAAACGUGAAGAAAUUCCUCGCAUUUAGUCCUUCAGCGAGAACCUAUGUGAGGAAAAAGAAAAUAGCUGGUGAUCAGUCAGAGGAAAAUCAAGGAACACCGACUAACACUUCUCAACAAGUCGAAGAUUCUGAAGAAACGAUGUCAACUCACUCAGCUGCUCAAGGCGUUCGUCGUGGACGAAGCUUGACUCAACAAGAAGCCGACUUACGAAUAAGAAGGAAGCGAGGUUUGGCACUUCAAGAACAGCAGCCGCCGUCUGCGGCUGAGAAGGUGGAGCCUAUCUCGACUCUGACGUCUCUGAGGACAGUCGAUGAGACGGGAACUAUUACACUGUCACCGUCUCCUCCGCGCAAGCAACAGAAGACUGACGAUGAGCCCUCGGUUCCCGACAUCUUGGGACGCUUCCCCGCCAACUUUCUAGAUCUCCGAAAGGACGACCAACAUUCUCUUUUCCCUACCCUGAACCAAUUGUUGUUUCCUAAGUCUAGGGAGGUUUUGGCUGGGAAAUCUGUGUUGGACAUAGCCUCUGAAGCUGCUACGACUCAUUUAUAUUGUUUGCAAAAUUCUCUAGUGUUGAGGGAUAGGGUAAUCGGAUUGGCGAGAGAGAUGAAAAGGUUGGAUGGUGCUGCCAAGAAUAGUGAAGCUCAACGUAAGACUGCAGUUAACGUGUUUCAAAUGACCAAGAAAGAGCUGGACGAGGCGACAAAGAAGGUGGACGAUUUGGAAAGUCAGUUGAAAGCUCAAUCGAAGACGAUGCAGGAGGAAACCGAGAAGUUUAGGGAUCAGCUGAAGGAGCAGGCCAAGCAUUUGGAGGAUAAGAUUAGGGGUAUCGCUGCUAAGGACAAGGCUCUGACGAAGGUUCAGGAAGAGUUGGCAUCGACCAAAAAGGAAUUGGAAGACAUGUUGGACGACUACGCCGAGUUGGACAUUAAGGUGAAGGCGAAGCUGAUGAUGCAUUUUUUGGACGGGAAGGUUUCGGAAUGGCAUCCACAGGAGGUGAUCGACUGUUUUCUAGCCAAUGGUGGAACUCUUGACGAGUUGGAAGAGGAUGAUGCGGUGGCAUCGACUGCGGAUUCAGGUCCUGGUCCAUCUGUCGCCGUUCCUUCAUCUGUCGUUGCUGUCGAUACCCAGCCUCUCAUCGUCGGAGAUCCGUCUGUAGAUGUCGAUACCCAGCCAUUCAUAGUCGGAGAUCAAUCUGUAGCUGUUGGGGAUCAACCUCUUGUCGCCAACGAUUAGCCUGCCGAAGGUGCUGAGGAGUUGCAGGUUGAAGGUGUUGACGACAAUGCUCGUGCUGAUGAGAUUGUCAAAGAAGUCGUUGACGGGCUCUCUAUCGACGGAACUAAUGCUUGAAGGCCAUCGUCUGUGAUGGUUUAGACUUUUUCUUUGUAUGCUUUCGACUAACUUUUGCUUUUGUUAGAAAACUAUGUUUCUGUUGUCUUUGUACUUUGUUCCACUUGAGGGCAAGUGGUCUUUUAAUUGUUUCUGUUUGUAUGAUAUUGAUUUUUCAUGCUAAGUAAUUCUUGCUUU